AUGGCGGCGCCCAGGUGCUGGAGGCUGGGCCUGCGGAGCCGGGGUCUGAGUGUGCACACCGCGGCCGUCGAGGUCGAGGUCGAGGCCACGGCCGCCCCUGCUGCCCGCUACCCGCCCGUCGUGGCCUCCCUCACGGCCAAGAGCAAGGCGGCGCGGCAGCGGCGGAUCGAGCGGUGGCAGGCGGCGGCGCACGCGGCCGGCUCGGUGGACGAGAAGCUGCGGAUCCUCACCAAGAUACAGUUCCCCAAAUACGUGGUGUACCCGCAGACCUUCGCGCGCCACGCCGACCGCUGGUACCAGGCCUUCACCAAGACGGCCUUCGUGGCGGGGCUGCCGGGACCCUCGACCCCGGACCCCGCGAUCCCGGGACCCUCGACCCCGGACCCCGCGAUCCCGGGACCCUCGACCCCGGACCUCGCGAUCCCGGGACCCGCGAUCCCGGACCCCGCGCCCCCCGACCUGGCCGCCCUGCGCACCGCCGUCACCCACCUCCUCCUGCAGGAGCACCUCCACCUGCAGCGGCCCCGCCGCGCGCCCCUCUACCAGAACCUGGAAGUCGUGGUUUCGCCCUUCCUCGACCAGCUGGUGGCCACCCUGGUGGGCCUGCUGGGUCCGCACAACCCGGCGCUGCCCACGGCCGUCCUCGAUUAUAAACGCCCGGUUCACUUUUACUGGAUUCGUGGUGAAGAAAUAAUCCCUCGUGGCCAUCGGAAAGGUCGAGUUGAUGCUUUGCGAUACCAGAUAGACGAUAGACCGCACAACCAGAUUCGCCUCUCCAAGCAGCUUCCAGAGUUUGUGCCACUAGAUUAUUCUGUUCCUGUUGACAUCCCUGUUAUGAAUUGUAAGCCAGACAAACUUCCAUUAUUCAAACGACAGUAUGAAAACAUCAUAUUUACUGGCUCAAAAACAGCCGAUCCGUGCUGUUACGGUCACACCCAGUUUCACCUGUUACCGGACAAGUUAAAGAGGGAAAGGCUUUUGAGGCAAAACUGUGCUGACCAGAUAGAAGUUGUUUAUCGAGCCAACGCUAUUGCAAGCCUCUUUGCUUGGACAGGAGCCCAAGCUAUGUAUCAAGGAUUCUGGAGCGAAGCAGACGUCACCCGGCCGUUUGUCUCUCAGGCUGUGAUCACAGAUGGAAAGUACUUCUCCUUUUUCUGUUACCAGUUGAACACUCUGGCCCUGACUGAACAAGCUGAUAAGAACAACCCUCGUCAGAACCUCUGCUGGGGGACGCACAGCCAGCCCCUCUAUGAGAGCAUCGAGGGUGGGGAGGUGAAAGGGUUCAACGAUGCUGUGCUGCUGCAGCUCGUCCAGCUUCUGCUCAGCAGACCGAGAGAGGAGAGAGCACAGCCACCGGGCCACUAA